AUGGUUCCGGACGACUCACACUGCGCAACCGUCGUUUCCUCCGUGCCUAUACCCCAGCGACUCCAACGAAUGUUGACGCCAACGAAUCUCACAUCAGCCGAAGGAAACCUUGAUCAAAGUCAUGUUUCAAUAUCAAGCGCGGGUAAAAUCAUAAGAGCGAAGCUUCCGAAACUUAGACUACGGAAUUUCGGCGGAAAGAUUUGUGAAUGGCCAGAGUUUUGGUAUGGAUUCUCGAGCUCGAUAGACAACAAUGACCAAUUGUCGGAUGUUGACAAGUUCACCUAUCUGCGGGGAUAUUUGGAAGGGUCAGCAAAGUCUACCAUCGCUGGUCUCUCGUUGACUAGAGCGAACUGCAAGUACGCGGUGGAAUUAUUAAAGAAACGGCUCGAAAAGAAAAGCGCAGUACAACGGGCGCAACGGCGGUUUAUAAAGAAGAGAUACACUAAGAUUGUGGAAGUUGUAUAA